AUGAAAGCUCUCCACAUUACCGAGUUUGUCAAAUCAAACUCGGAUCUUCGAGUUUCGAAUAUCCCAUAUCCACAGCCGAAAGCCGGUCAAGUGCUCGUGAACAUCACGCAUAGCGCGCUCAAUCACGUCGAUCUCCUGUAUGCCCGUGGUCUCCACCAGAACAACCACGGCGGUCUCAUCAGACCGCCGUUCACUCUCGGGCUGGAAUUCGCCGGGAUCGUUGCCUCAGCUCCUCGUGGCUGCCCAUUCAAGUCCGGCGACGAGGUGUGGGGAGCCGGGGUUGGUGGAUUCGCCGAGCAGAUCGCAGUACCUGUAUCGAGUCUGCAACGGGUUCCCCCUGGGUGGACCUUGCACGACAUUGCAGGCUUAGGCGCUGCCACAGCUCCAGUGAGCUAUGGAGCCUUGGUGCGUGUCGCAAACAUUCAAAAGGGCCAAACAGUGUUGAUCCACGCGGCUGCUGGAGGGCUUGGUGUUGUCGCUGUACAGAUUGCACAGGCCUUGGGAGCACAGGUGAUCGGGACGGUCGGCAGCGAGGAGAAAGGGGAAGUGGUGAAGAGAUUGGGUGUUCUUGGCGUGGUGAGAUAUGACAGGGAUGGAUGGGAGAAGGAGGUGCUGAGCCUGACCAGCAACGUUGGUGUGGACUCCGUGUAUGACACUGUCGGGCUGGUUCAGAAAAGCAUCAGAUGCUUGAAGUUUGGGGGCAAUAUUGUCAUUGCUGGGUUCGCCGGCUUAGGUGGCAAGAUGGAGACGUUAGCAAUGAACCGUGUCUUGCUGAAAGGGGCCAAACUGCUUGGUUACCGAUUUGGAGAGACUGGAAGGAGAGAUCCCCAGCAAACCGAAGAAGUUUGGAAAGGUUUGAACGAGCUUCUCCAGAGAGGUCUGAUCAAGCCGGUCAUCUAUGGAACCUACUCCGGACUGGAAAGUGUCCCCAAUGCUCUUGACGAUCUGGCUGCAAGGAAAGUAUGGGGCAAAGCUGUUGUGGCUAUUCAAGCAUCGGGAACUGGCGCCUCGAAGCUGUGA